AAUCUUCAUCAUCUCUAAACACCACCAAGAAAUCAUCUUUUGUCUUCCAUUCCUUCACAAAGGAGUUAGCAUUCAAGGUGAGGAGCACCUUGGGAGAACAUAGAUCAAAGAAGCUAAGGAGAAAGACAACGAUCGAGAAUUUUUGCAAAGAAUGAUUGAAUAUUCUUUCACACAUAAACAACUCAAGGAAAGGGAGAAUGAAAUCAGAAUAAGAAGCAAGAGAACAUGGCAAAAGUAGAAAGAAAAGCAAGAGAACAUGGCAAAAGUAGCUUGGACAAGAUAAAGAAAGAAAAGCAAGAGCAUGGAAUAAAGAAUGAUUCAUAAAGAAUGAUAAAAAAACCAAACUUUGCUUUGUGAAUAUACAUUGAUUCAGCUUGCAAUUGUUCACAUGGAAUGUCCCUUGAAAGUAUGACUAAACAAUGCAAGAGAAGCAUGGGCAAACAAAAGACAUGAGCUGUCCAAGGGAGGAAAUUUUCGGCCACAAUACAAGGCUGGAAAGUUCAAGCAUUCAGCUUGAGUUUUUGGGAUGUUCUUGCUGCCCUUGAGUAGUUUAUCAUACUAUGAUUGAUGAUGACUCACUCCUUUGAUGAAAAGGAAGACAAGGGUUCAUAAAUGAGCUGGUUGCAAGGUUGGAAAAGCUCUUCAAAUGCUAAAAAACUCAAGCUGAAACCGUGGGGACCUUGAGCUGUUUUCUUGGCCAGCUUUGUUUAAUUAAAUGAGAGGAAUCACAUGGCUUUGAACAACUCAGAAGAAGGACAUGAAAAGGUCUCCCAAACACCCUAUAAAUAGAGCAUUUGGCUCCUCAUUGAAAGCAUCUUGGUGCUAGCUUGUAACACUUACAUUUUUAGUCCUAAAUCUUGUUCUUUACUCUUGUUCCUUUCUUUAUUUUGAGUUCUCUAUCCUUAGGGGCUGAAUGGAUACUUGUUUGAACCCUCUAAAUUAGUUCCAUGAUUCUAGAAACUCAUCAAGAGCAAGAAGGAUUCAGAUUCAUCUCUUAAUCUCAAUUGUCCUUUUUGUGUCCUGGUAGGGAAGCAUGGAAGAUUCGAGCUAGAGUCAUCAGGAAGUGGGAGAUGGCUUCUGCUUCUGAACCUUCUAAGCCAUAUGCUUUUCAACUUGUCUUGAUUUGAUUCUGAGGGUUGUAAAAUAAAGGCCAAUGUUAAGAAGUAUCUGAUGAGUAAAUUUCAAAGGGAAAUAGUUGAAGGAAAUGUCUAUAAAGUCACACAUUUCACUGUUGUGGACAAUGAUGGUGGAUAUCGUGCUACUCAGCAUGAGUACAAAGUUAUCUUCAAUAGCAAGACAAAGCUUCAAAUUGAUCAGUGUGAUAUGAUUCCUAGGCAUGGUUUAACAUUGAAGGAUACAUCUGAAGUUAAGAUUACUAUGGGGGAGUCUGACUUCUUAAUAGAUAUUAUCGGAUUGGUCACAGCUGUGUCUGAAGAACAAAAAUAUCCAAAGGGUGGAAAUGUUACUAGAAAAAUUGAAAUGGAAAUUACUGAUGACAAGGGAAAGAUAAAGAUGGCUUUGAUUGGAAAGUAUGCUGAUAGUGUGAAAGGUUUCCUUGCUACUCAUGGGGUUGGACUUCCUGUGAUUGUUGUCCAAUUUGCCAAAAUUAAGACAUAUAAAGGAGAAGUUGUUAUUCAGAAUGGUAUGCAAGCUACCAAGCUAUUUUGGAAUGUUGAUAUUCCAGAAGUUGCUACUUUUUGUGAUGGUAUUGCAUUACAUGGGCUUGAUCCUUAUCUUCCUAUUGGACAAAUUGGUGGUGGAUUUCGGAAUGUUCCUGCCAAUGAAGAGUUUAUUACCAUGUAUCCUAGGAAGAGUAUUGUGGAGUUGCAUGAUACAGCUGAGCAUGGUUUGUUUAUAGUCCUAGCAAAGAUUCAAUCAUUACAUGAUGGGGAGAAGUGGUGGUACGCAAGUUGCCGCUGCCGCAAAGCUGUUACUAUUGAGGAAUGUCUUUACUAUUGUUCUUCUUGCUGCACUCAUGUCACUGAGGUUACUCCCAGAUUUCGCUUGAAGGUGAAUGUUUCAGAUGGUGAUGAGGCUGCAACUUUUGUGUUAUUUGACACAGAUUUUCAGAAUAUCAUUAAGAAGACUUGCAGAGAGUUAGUUUUAUGCUCAAAGGGGAAAUCUGUUGAUGAAUAUCCUGAUGAUCUAAUGGCACUUUUUGGAAAGGAAUUCCUUUUCAAGGUUGAGAAGUUAAAUGAUCAUGGACUGAAGUAUGAUGAUUCAUACAAAGUCAAGAAAAUUUGUGAGGAUAUGGAUGUCAUUGACAUUUUCAAUGAUAAGAACAACACUGCAACCCUAACUAAGUUCAUUACUGAUCCAUUUUCCUCAAAUUCAUCAUCUGAUGACAAAGAACCUCUGUUUAGUCAAAACUCUAUUGGUUGUUCUAUUGUCUUCUGUUCCUGAAACAAAUGUUUCUCUUGAUGCCCUGUCUCCAUUUGAAAGUCCAACAGUCACUUCUGUGCUUGCCAACCCAGACACUGAAGGUGGAAGUAUGUCCAGACCUCCAAGGAAGAAGAGGUUGGUCCAAGUGAAGGCUGAAAAGUGAAGCUCUUUAUAAUGGACAUCUUAGGUUUAUAUGGUUGUUUGAUUUGGUUCAUAUCCAAUCUUAUUUUGUAGCUCUAAGUAUUAACAAGUUCCAAACACAUUUACCUCAAUGUUGUGUUUGUCUAUUAGAUAAGAUUAGAUGUCCAUUUUAUGGUAUGGUGAGGUUUAUAACCUCUAUUUGUAAGACAUGU